AUGUUUGUCGCAUGGAUUUAUCGAUGGCUUUCACCCGCGCAACCAGGUAGAGGUGACAAUUUCACGGAGCCACGCACGAGUGCGGAUGCACUUGAUGAGGAGUCGUUGGCGUUGAAGUCGAGGUCCGCGUCAGUCGACAGUUCGGACAGCUUCCACCCAUCAUACUCGCCAGAAUUCGAUCCGGAUUUCAAAAAUGCCGUCUUCAGUUCAAAAGAGCCGCUCAAUGAUGAGAGUAAUAAAUCGAGGCCUCUUCAGUUUGGUAUUCCUGCUAUUUGCUCACGCUUUAAUUCCAUUUUAUUCGGUCCGGCAUGGACCGACUACACAGUUGAUGAUGAUCAGUCUGUAAUCAUUGCAAAUGGUCUUUUGGCACAUAAACAGUGCAAUACGACACAUGAAGACCACUCAGAUCUGGAAAACUGUGCGUGUCGUGAAAACGAUGGUUUUGCUGAGCACCAAAUUUCCGUUGUUUUUACUCCGUGCUACUCGAAUGAGUUUGAGGCAACAGUCUCUCUACCUGUAUCUUACAGCAUGCCUGAGCUGAAUAAACAAAAUGGAACCAUCAAUAACUCACUGCUUCAUACUUCGUACACAGUUUCGGUGCAAUGUGAUAGUCAAGAAGAAUUCAGCGAUUGUUAUAGUGUAGAUGAGGAGUCGUUUGUUUCGUCUAGUGAAUUUCCCUACAGUGAAAAGUCAUCUGACCCAUAUUCAAGCCCUGCUGAAGACGGCAGUACUACGUUUCUGACAAUGCCUUUACCGAAACGGUACUUAUUUCUUCAUCUAUCUGCCCUUUAUGCAAAAAAAUCCUCUGUGAACCCAUUUGGAGUUAAUUUUUCCAGUGACGUGGAGAAUACAACGCCAAAUGGUAAUACCAUCAUGAAGAAAUCGAAAACCGAGGACAACUGUUACCAAGGUUUGUAG